UUUCAUUUGCACACCUGUUGAUAAACAUCCGUCAUUGAUUUCUAUGUGGGAGUCUGAGCUUUCGUCCUCCAACCUGUGCUGAAUUGUCCCGGACAUGGACGAGGUGGUGGAUGAGAGUCCGCCUGUUAAGGGUCUCAUAAGUAAAGUUCUUGAAGAUCACAGGAGCAGCAGAACUGAUCCUCUCUUACUGAGGAAUGACUCUCAGUUUAAGAAGAACCUGGAAGCUAUUAUAUCUCAGAAGCAGCCACCUGUGUCCAUCCUCUGUUCAAAUGCCGGACAGACUAGACAUAAGGUAAAUCAGGUUUGCGUGAAUAAUGUGCCAUGUGCCGGCCGAGCACUGAGGAAUGCUUUCUUAUCCAAUUGCCAGGAUAACUGGAAAGCACAUAUUAAACUGGCUAGAAUCAUCAGGAGGACAUGUACAGGUCAGGAGCUGGUGGAAUGGCUGAUGGAUCGUUGUGAAUUUAUCCAGAACAGGGCAAUAGCUUCCAAAAUCUGGAACAUUCUCCUGGACUUGGGCAUGCUGCUUUCAGUGGAGCAGAACAAAGUAUUUGAGGACUCCAGGUCUCUGUACCAGUUCACCUUUGAGGAAUGUGAAGCCCAGAGCUGUGAUUUCCGAAAUCAGGUCAACUGGCCAAGUGCAGUACAUCUACUGCUACAGCUGGUCCCAUACGUGCAGCCUCGCAGUGGAACCCACAGGCGCUAUAAAGAAGAUGCAGAGAAAUCAUCUGAUGCUUGUAACCCAGUUCUUCAAAUGAAAGCAUUGGAGCAUCUCACCUCAACGGUGCAGAAUGAACUGUGUGCAGCUUUGGCUCGCAAGGCACAGACUAAAUCAAUGAUGGAGGAGAGCAGUCCACAACAUAAUACUAACACGCAAGGACCAUCUCCCAGUCCUGCUGUGCGCAAGCAGGGCCCCGGGGCUGGUACACGCGAUAAAGAGGAUAUCAGCCGAUUGGAGAUGGUCCAGAGACUGGCCAAAGACGGAUGCCGCCUUUUACACAGCCCGCUCAGAGCUACCGAAAGGCCUGCUGAGCCCCCCGGUGACGCAGCAGUCCGUGUGUGUGAGAGAGAGAGGAGCCACGAGGUGCUUCAGAGAACGACGUCACCGAGAGCUCCCUCCUCCUCCUCCUCCUCCUCCUUCCCCUGGACCGGGAGGUACGCUGCCGUGCCUGCCGCCCCUGAAAGGGUUUUGGAGCAUCUGCUGGGCCACCUGAGGCUGGAGGAGGAGCAAAAGAGCAGAGAGACAGCUUUGAAAACAUUCUUCAUUACGAUUUUUUCAUUAUUCUCAGUUGUUUUCUCCCUAAAAUGUCUAAUGCGUAUGACAUGUUCUUGUUUAUUUCCAGAGAGUGUACUGGAUGACUUCCUGCUGACGUAUCCUGUGUUCAUGUCCACCAGUGACCUUUGUCAGGCUCUACUUGGUCACUAUUGUUCAAAGAAAGGACAGAUGAAAGAGGAGGGGAGAGACACUCUGCUUAGGAAACGAAAAGUGCUGCACCUGCUGUCCCAGUGGAGCUCGCAGUGUUCAGACCUGCCGCAGGACGACGAGCACGCCAAAAUAUUCCUCAAGACUCUGUACAGACACGUUCUGGAUGAUCUCUGUGAGUUUCCCUCCCUGGAGAAGGAUCUCAAAGAACUUCAGAAACUUCUAAGAAUGCAAAGGAGACACACGGUAGAUGAAUCCUCUCCGCAGAAGAAGAAUAAAGCGCUCUUCCACCAGCUGAGUCUGAAGGAGAACUGGCACCCUGUGAGAGGAGCUCAGAGGGAGAGGAAGGAAGUGCUGUGUCGCGUGGACGUGACCAUAGAUUCCUACGUGAGCGUGAGGACACAUAGCGAGGUGUCCGUGCAGGAACUGCUGAGGACUGUGGCCGAAAGGCUCGACUGUGCUGAGGACGACAUGGUGUUGAUGGCCGUCACGUAUCCUGGAGAGAAGGUUCUGCUUCAGUCGGAUCAGUGUGUGUUCUCGUCUUCACUCAGUGCCGCUGAGAGGCUGCUGGUCUGCAGAAGAGACCUGACUGACAUCAUGAGUCCCUUGACUGAUAAUGGGCACCAGCGCUCAGUAAAGAUGCUGAGCAUGGACACGUGGGAUGUUGCCGUGUCGCUCACCAACUGUGACUGGAGUCUCUUUAGUAACGUCCAUGAGCAAGAGCUGGUGCAUUUCACGUUGAGCCGCGAUGCGAGCGCUGGCCACACGGUGGCGCUGGAGCAGCUGUUGCAGCGCUGCAAUGAGACUCAACAGUGGGUGAUGACCGAAGUGCUUCUGUGCACAACCCUCUGCAAACGUGUGCAGCUCUUCAAGAAAUUCAUCAAGAUCGCAGCACACUGUAAAGCACAGAGGAACCUGAACUCGUUCUUUGCGAUUAUUAUGGGACUGAACAGUCCCGCUGUCAGUCGACUCACUCAGACAUUGGAGAAAGUCCCUGGGAAGUUCAGGAAGUUGUUCUCCGAGCUGGAGAGCCUGACGGACCCUUCUUUAAACCAUAAAACCUACAGAGAUGCCUUCAGGAAGAUGAAGUCUCCCAAGAUCCCUUUCCUACCUCUGCUACUGAAAGAUAUUACCUUCAUUCACGAGGGCAACAAAACCUUUCUCGACAACCUGGUCAACUUCGAUAAGCUACACAUGAUAGCAGACACAGUGCGUAUUAUCAGGCAGUGUCGGACAGAUCACAUGGGAAACAUGUUGUCCCAGAAGGACAGCGUGGAAGUGAGAACGUACAUCAAUUACCUGCACGUCAUCGACAAUCAACAGACUCUGUUUGAGCUCUCACAUAGACUCGAGCCCAGGACAUAGAACAACUCCAUACAUCCUAAAUCAACUACUAAACGAGACAGGACAGAAGACUGUGAUGAGUAAGUCCUCCACUAGGGGGAGACACACUCCCACCAACCACA